AUGUCAAGAACUCCACCAAGUGAGACCUUUUCUUACGACGAAGAGCACCACCAUAAACGCAGACACAAAAGUCCGUCCCAUAAAGGCCUAGUGAAUGACGCCAUAAGCAAGGCCCUGGAUCAAAUCUCCAAGUCACCCUUCACAUGCAAGAUAGAAGAGGCUAAGCUUCCUCGACGAUUCCAUCAACCUACUUUCACAAUGUACAACGGUCGAACGGACCCCGUAGAGUACGUAAGCCAAUUUAACCAAAGAAUGGCCGUCCAUUCCAUUGACAAGGCUUUGAUGUGCAAAGUAUUUUCGUCCAACUUGGGGCCGAUGGCGAUGAGAUGGUUUGAUGGCCUCAAGCCAAAUUCCAUUGGUUCCUUUAAGCAGCUAACCCAGGCCUUUGGCUCUCGCUUCAUCAUGAGUAACAGGGUUCCUCAGCCCUUGGAUUCUCUGUUGUCUUUGUCCAUGCGAGAAGGGGAGAUCCUGAAAGCCUACUCGGACAGGUACUGGGAGAUGUACAAUGAGAUAAAGGGUAACUAUGACGAUGUCGCUAUCAACACUUUCAAGAGCGGCCUCCCAACUGAGCAUGGUUUAAGAAAAUCCCAAAUAGGAAAGCCUGUCACCAACCUGCGCCAACUCAUGGACUAG